UCGGCACAGGGAGACCUGAAACGACUGUUUGAGCUCAAGUUGGAUCACUUGUAUCAGACGUUCGCUCUGCACUCUUAUACAUCGGUGUUAUCUCGGCUGCAGGUUGAGUCUUACGUCUAUGGGAUGGUCAACAAUUCUCCCUUCCUCCGGUCAGUGGCUGUUUACCAUCCAGACCAUGCUCCUCAGAAGCUGGAGGGAUCUCACUCCGAUCUCAUCUUAUUGAAGGAAUGUAUCAGUGUUUUGUUUAGCUUCACCCGGCGGCUGUUGAGGACACCCAGUUCCAGAACGACAUUCUGCUGUGGCUUCAGAAGCUGGUUUCUGUUCUGCUGAAGGUUGGAUGUUUGGGGGACCACCUCUUUCUCCUAAACCAUGUGCUGCGCUGUCCUGCUGGCAUUAAUAAAUGGGGUAUUCCCUUCAUACAGGUCCGAGUUUUGCACAAUCCAGCCGGCGUAUUCCACUUCAUGCAGCAGCUUGCCGUGCUUAUGUGUCCUGUCAGAAACCGUGUUGACUUCCUGUGUCACAUGAAACCCAAUGAGAAAAAAGGAUCCUCAGCUGGAAAAGAGUCCGGAAACUGGACACUGGUGGAUGAGGGAGGCGAGGAGGAUGAAGACCCCGAGACGAGCUGGAUGUUACUUUCCGAAGAAGACCUUAUUUGCCUUUUGGGACAGUUCCCAUUUCAUGAACUUUUCAAGAAUGUUCUAGGGUUCAAUUCAAGGGGGGAAUAUUUCCCUGAGAAAACCACACCACAAGAAAUGAUGAAGAUCUUUGCCUUUGCUAACUCCCUGGUUGAGCUUCUGGCCCUGGGCUUGGAGACCUUUAACAGGGCGCGGUACCGUCAGUUUGUGAAAAGAAUAGGACGCAUUAUCAGGAUGACACUGUGUUAUAUCAGUGACCACUGGGCUCUGUACCUGAGAAGUAACUGUGACAAGGAGCACACCUCUGAGCUGUACUCACUGGGGAAGCUGCAGGCCGUGUAUGAUGAACUCUUCCUGACUACGGUUCUUCAUGUGCUGAAGGCUAAGAGGUUGGGGAUUUGGCUCUUCAUGUCUGAGAUGCCUUAUGGAACUUUGUCGAACGGUAUGCUCUGGAAGCUCUUCUACCUCAUGCACCAUGCGGAGAGCGAGAAUGUAGAGAGCCUGUACUCUGUGGUUGAUGCGGCCACAUGCAAGUCUUCUCUCAGCGAUCUGAUAAAUCAUGAAAAAUUUGAGGCCUAUUUCUCCACCAUGAACAGUUCAGAGGGCAUCUGUCUUCUUACCACAUUCGCCCAGAUGGCUCAAACUAAGCAGCACGAUGUAGAUAAAGAGCUGGUUAAGACCAUCGCCUUGGAA